GUUCAGUGUUCACUGUUUGAGCGGGUUGUUUACUGCCGCUUUUCUAGCCUUCGCACGCCGGGUUUUAAAACGUGUUCCAAACGUUUUUAUUUUCUCAGGAGGAUUUAUAUCACUUUUCUUUCAAAAUGUCGAUUGGAGUACCAAUAAAGGUUCUGCAUGAAGCUGAAGGCCAUAUAGUCACAUGCGAGACUAAGACAGGAGAGGUGUACAGGGGGAAAUUGAUCGAAGCCGAAGACAAUAUGAAUUGUCAGAUGACACAGCUGUCCGUCACGUACAGAGAUGGGAGAGUUGCACAGCUUGAAAAUAUAUUCAUUCGAGGCUCAAAAAUAAGAUUUCUCAUUUUGCCAGACAUGCUAAAGAAUGCUCCUAUGUUCAAAAAACAAGGUAAUAAAGGCAACACAGGAGCUGGUCGUGGGAAGUCUGCAAUUCUUAGAGCACAAGCUGCUAGAGGAAAAGCAUCAGGAGCACGGGGGGCAACCACUUCUUCACGUCCAACAUGGCAGUCAGGAACAUCACAGAUUCGUAAAACUUAAAUUCUUUUAAUUCUCAAAUACAGAACUGGCUGAGUUGUGUAACAGUGUGACAUCGAGAAAGUACAGAAUUGUGAUAAAUCAUUUUUAAAAUAUGCCAGGAUAAUUUUUUCUUUUACUUUUGUACAGUACUUAUUCAUUUAAGUGAAUUCUAUUUUAACAUAAAUGUACAUAAUAACUAAUAGCUUAGUUGCUCUUAAGUACAUUUAUGUAAAUACCAAAUAAACUUUCUAAAAUUA